CUUCCUUUUCCUCAUUCUCGCACUCAAGAUUCCAACAAGAUGCCAUUCUCGUUGAUUGAAACCCUCAGGAAACGCUAUCUUGACACCAUCCAAUCCGUCAAGCCAACCAAUGGACGGUGGAAGAUAUUGGUAGUCGACAAACAUUCAAAGAACUUGAUCGAGGGUGUCUUGAAAACCUUUGAGAUCCUCGAACUUGGAGUCCAACAAAUCGACUCCAUCGAAACUCCUAGACAACCUUCGCCUAAUCUUGAGGCCAUUUACAUUCUUGCUCCUACGGCUAAGAACGUCGAUCGAAUCAUCAGUGACUUUGCCCCUGCUCAACCUCCUAGCCGAAAAGGUCCCCCAGUGCCAUCCGGUGGUGUCAAGUACGCUGGAGCGCAUCUCUUCUUCAUAGAUGCACUCGAUGAUGCAUUGGUCAAUGUCUUAACAUCAUCUCCUGCAGCUAGUUAUCUUCGACAGUUGGUCGAACUCUUCACCAACAUUUGGCCAGAAGAACCACAAGUCUACACACUUCGCCCGCCUAAUCCACGUAGCUUGUUCACUCUUUAUGGUCCACCUGAACGUUCAGUGCAAGAUGCAAUAGCUAAUUGGGAGGAUGAACUGGGUUGGAUUAGCAAAUCCCUCGUCAAUCUUCUUGCAACACUUGGAGAAAAACCUUAUAUACGUUAUUAUAAUCCAUCUACUACACCACUCGGUCCUGCUGCUGCAGCGAAAGAACAUCUUUACCCUCCAAGACCUCGUGGGACGAUGUUCAUCACUGAGAGAGCUAUGGAUCUUCAAGCACCUUUGCUACAUGAAUUCACUUAUCAAGCAAUGUGUAAUGACCUGCUCGAUAUCAAAGACAACAAAUACAUAUAUUCAUUCAAAGAUCAAUCCGGUGAACAUGAAGAAAAAGAAGUAACCCUUUCUGAAGAUGACAAGGUUUGGGUGGAAGUACGACAUAUGCAUAUGAAAGAUGCACUUGAUAAGUUGAUUCACGAUUUCAAGGCUUAUGCUACUGAACAUGGACACCUUACCAAUGGUAGCAGUUUGAAUGACAUGAAGGAUAUGUUGGCUAGUCUACCUCAUUUAAAAGAGAGUAAAGAGAAGCUUUCGUUACAUCUUAGUAUGGCUGAAACUUGUAUGGACUUAUUUGAGAAGAAACAAUUACCUUUAGCUGCUUCUGUAGAGCAAUGUUGUUCAACUGGGAUGACAGCUGAAGGAAAAACACCGAAAUCAAUUGUUGAAGAGAUGGUACCCCUGCUGGAUGAUCGCGCUGUUAGUACCACCGAUAAGCUUCGAAUCAUUGCAUUGUAUGUUUUAUAUCGAGAUGGAGUACCUGAUGAAGACAGACGUAGAUUAUAUCAACAUGCUAAAUUGGGAUUAAAUGAGAUGGAUGCAGUAAACAAUUUGAUACAUUUAGGCGCAAAUGUUGCCAAAGACUCGGGUAAAAAACGAAAAGUAUUGUUUAAACAACCUCUGGACGAGAAUGAUUACGAUAUAUCUAGGUAUCGACCUCUAGUGAAAUUGAUGCUUGAGGAUGCAGUGGCGAAUAAAUUGGAUCAAACUGUGUUUCCGUACAUGGGAGAAAGUCCAUCUACCAAUGCAAAACUGAACGGAAGUGGUUUAGCAGCUUAUUCAACAGCUGCACCUACUUCAUUACGUAGCGCAAAACCAAGUUGGCAGAAACCUAAAUCGAAGGCAGUCGUUGAGAAUCGACCACGGAUGAUUGUCUUUGUUGCAGGAGGGAUGACUCAUUCAGAGAUCAGAUCAGCAUAUGCUGUCUCGGAAGCUCAUUCAAAAGAUGUCAUCAUAGGCUCAACAUCAAUUUAUACUCCCAAGGCAUUUAUUCACGAUCUUUCACGUCUAGAUCGAGGUGGUUCGAGUGGCUCUAAUCAACCCCCACCUUCAUCAGCCUAUGAAGGGAAACAGGCCAGAUUACCAAAGAGAGCACCAGACCCACGUCAACGUGAUGAUCGAUAUGCAUACGAACCACCAGAUGCAGUAGUAGCACCACCACCGCGUUCUGCACCGUCUUAUCCAACACAUAGACCAGCACCGCCGCCUUUGACUUCUCAAGCUGCUUUGAUGCCACCUGCAAUGGAUCCUAGACUUCAACCACCAAUGCCUUCACCUUCUUUAUCUAGUUAUAGUAAACCUGAAAAAGAGAAGAAAAAAGGAUUUUUCAGUAGAAGUAAGAAAUGAGACUCUUGAUGAUUUUGGUUUGUGUUGGUUUUGGUUUUGUUUUUUUCUGUAGAAAGGAGAAAUGUGUAAUAAAUCUUUAUUUAAUUUUUUUACUUUGAGUUUAUGUUUUUUCAUCAUUUUUUUCUAUAUUUUCUUUAUGAUGAUCAUGAUAUACAUAGAUUUUUAUUGAUUUGUUAUUUUUUUGAGACACUUUUGUUUACAUCUAUGAUUACCUUUUAAGAUGAUGAGUUGAAUAAAAAAAGAAUGAAAAGAAUGAAAUGGAAGCGGAUUGUAUUU